GUCAAUUUACUUUCUCUGUAUUCAUCCAAUGUAAUAACUCCGCCAUUUUCAUGGUUUCUUAAGAGCUUUAUCCUACUAGUACUUUUUGAAGCUCACAUAAAAAGGUCACAUACAAAUGAUGCGACGUCUUAAGAAGUGUCCUCUCCCCCGUACCUUUCCACCACGCUGCAAUUCUUUUCCUACUUCGCAAUUAUUAUGAAUGAGUAAUCAAAAUUGCAGUCCUUGGUGGCGUGCUAUGGUUGUUGAUCUUUCAUUCCCAAUUCAAAUCGAUCACUGACUCGCCGGCUUUCACAAUGGUUUCUCUUCAGGAUUCUUUGUCACACGCCGGUUCCAGCGCAGAUAGCUUCACCCAAACGCGCUCUUGUUGCUACCCCACUCCGCCGCCAUCUUCGUCCAAACCCCACCGCUCCGUUGGCCGUUCCAUGCGCACUAUUAGGUCCAAUCUCUACCAAAGCGGAUGCGCCGCCGCUUCCGACCUAUCCGGCAGCGUAUCGGAGAACCUGACGGACUCCGUCGUCGACAUGCGGCUCCGGGAGCUCGCUAAUAAACCCGCCAUAUUAAAGCCCUCCUUUUCGGAAGUGGAUUUUUUGGAGAUUUCACACGCGUUCAGUGAUUUCUCUGCUUGUAGUAGUGACAUUUCCGGUGAGCUGCAGCGGCUAGCGACUGCGGAUCCGGUUGAGAGCCCGAAUCCGGACACCCAGCCCGAACCCGAACCCGAGCCAUGUCUAGGGUUUCUGCAGAGGGAGACGUUUUCGACGGAAAUAAUCGACAACAUAUCGCCGGAGGAUCUUCAUCCGACUGUGAAUCUCUGCAUAGAGGGGUUGAAAUCAUCAUCUGUAGCGGUUAAGCGGUCUGCGGCGGCGAAGUUGAGGCUCUUAGCCAAGAACCGAGCUGAAAAUCGGGCUCUGAUCGGAGAAUCCGGUGCAAUUCCUGCACUUGUUCCUCUUCUUCGGUGCUCUGAUCCCUGGACUCAAGAGCACGCGGUUACCGGCCUUCUAAACCUCUCUCUUCAUGAACCUAACAAAGCCGUCAUCACGGAUUCCGGUUCUAUAAAAUCACUGGUUUACGUGCUAAAAACAGGAACCGAGAUCUCCAAACAGAACGCAGCUUGUGCUCUGUUGAGCCUGGCUUUGGUCGACGAAAACAAGCUGUCUAUUGGUGCUUGUGGUGCUAUUCCUCCAUUGGUGGCCCUUCUGAUCAACGGAUCGAAUCGCGGAAAAAAAGACUCAUUAACCACACUUUACAAGCUCUGUUCAGUGAAACAGAACAAGGAGAGAGCUGUAACUGCAGGCGCAGUGAAGCCGUUGGUGGAGAUGGUGGGAGUGAAUGGUAAUGGGCUUGCAGAGAAAGCUAUGGCGGUGUUGACCAGCCUUGCCGCGAUCGAAAUCGGAAGAGAUGCGAUCGUGGAGGAAGGAGGGAUGAACGCUCUAGUGGAAGUUAUUGAGGACGGUUCUGAUAAAGGGAAGGAAUUCGCCGUGGUGACACUUCUGCAAUUGUGUUUGGAUAAUGUUAGGAACAGGGUUUUGCUUGUUAGAGAAGGUGGAAUUCCUCCUCUUGUGGCCUUGUCCCAGAAUGGAACUGCUAAAGCUAAGCACAAGUGUGAGACACUUCUUGGAUACUUGAGAGAACCAAGACAUGAAGUUUCUACAUGAACUCCUUAGAGGCUUUAGAGAGGUCAGCUUAGACUGCAGUAUAUUGUAUUUGGAAGUGGCGCAUUAUGUAUAAGUGUUCUGGCUUGAGGUUUGUACAGAGUGGCUUAGAACUUCGAUUAUGGUAAUAGUUAGGAUGUACUCACCUUUAAGGUAUAUUGUUAUCAUUAUGGUUGGAUAGGUAUUCUUAAUUAGGAUUUCAUCUCCCUCUGCAACGAACAUUUGCUUGUAUUGGAGGAGGCUAAUUUUCCUGGGGUGUUUUUUUUUCCUUAAAAUAUGGCUGUUCAUCCUCUAGUUUUGCAUAGGAUGUCCUGAUUCUAUUAGACGCCUUACUAAUCGAUGCGCCCUUAGUAUGAUAAACACUGAAUUACGCCGAGUUUUAAAUGUAUGGAAUUCCAAAUAAUUUCUUAUGAAGCCACGAGUUUUUAGAUGUGAGCAAAA